UGGUGCCGAAGCUGCGGGGCUGUCCAUGAACGGCACCAUGGCCGCCUCUUCACACCGGAUAAUGCUGGGGCCGCUGGUUGCUGCUAUCGACCAGGGGACGAGCUCCACCCGGUUCCUGGUGUUUAAUUCAAAAACAGCAGAGCUUCUCAGCCAUCAUCAAGUUGAAAUCAAACAGAGCUUCCCUAAAGAGGGAUGGGUGGAGGAGGACCCCAAAGAAAUUCUGCAUUCGGUGUACGAGUGCAUGGAGCGGACGUGUGAAAAACUCACCCAGCUCAACAUAGACAUCUCAAACAUUAAAGCUAUUGGAGUGACCAACCAAAGAGAGACCACGCUGGUUUGGGACAAAGAGACAGGAGAGCCCCUUUACAACGCCAUCGUGUGGUUGGACCUGAGGACUCAAUCAACAGUUGAACGUCUGAUCAACAAAACUCCGGGAAGGAAUAAGAACCACCUAAAACACAAAACGGGGCUCCCCAUCAGCACGUACUUCAGCGCGGUGAAGCUUCGCUGGCUGAUGGACAACGUGAGCGAGGUGCACGAAGCCGUCGUUUCUCACCGCGCCAUGUUCGGCACCGUCGACGCCUGGCUCAUUUGGUGUUUAACUGGGGGGAAGUCUGGCGGAGUUCAUUGCACAGAUGUGACCAACGCCAGCAGGACCAUGCUGUUUAACAUUCAUACUAUGGACUGGGACCCAGAACUUUGCAAAUAUUUUGGUAUUCCUAUGGAGAUCUUGCCCAGGGUGAGGAGUUCUUCAGAAAUAUACGGCCUCAUGAAAUCAGGAGCUCUUUCAGGUAUCCCCAUUUCAGGGUGUCUCGGGGAUCAAUCAGCCGCACUUGUCGGACAGAUGUGUUUCCAGGAUGGACAAGCUAAAAACACGUAUGGAACUGGUUGUUUUUUACUGCGAAACACUGGACCCAAGCCUGUAAUGUCUGACCACGGCCUUCUGACCACUGUGGCGUACAAACUAGGUCGAGACAAACCCGCCUGCUACGCACUGGAGGGCUCCGUGGCCAUUGCAGGAGCUGUGGUGCGUUGGCUACAGGACAAUCUCGGGAUAAUAGGAUCUUCUGAAGAGCUUGAGAAGUUGGCUGCAUCGGUCGGCACAUCCUACGGUUGUUAUUUUGUUCCUGCAUUUUCGGGUCUCUAUGCGCCUUACUGGGAGCCCAGCGCAAGAGGGAUUAUUUGUGGGUUGACUCAGUUUACUAAUAAGAGUCACCUCGCAUUCGCUGCACUGGAAGCCGUCUGUUUUCAAACACGAGAGAUUCUGGACGCCAUGAAUCAGGACAGCGGCAUCCCACUAACUCAGCUGCAGGUGGACGGAGGAAUGACGUCCAACAGGUUGCUGAUGCAGCUGCAGGCUGACAUACUCUGCAUCCCUGUUGUGAAGCCGUCCAUGCCUGAGACCACUGCUCUCGGGGCAGCGAUGGCAGCCGGAGCAGCAGAGGGUGUGAGCGUGUGGAGUCUGAACCCGGAGGACCUGAGUGAAGUCACCUCGGAGAAGUUUGAGCCUCAGAUCAACCCUGAAGAAAGCGAGUUUCGGUAUGCACGGUGGAAGAGAGCAGUGCAGAAAUCCAUGAACUGGGAGACGACGGAGCCUGUUUGUAAUGGAAACGGUGAACCUAGUAUCUUCAGCAGCGUGCCACUGGGCUUUUACAUAAUGGGCAGCAUGUUGAUGUUAAUCGGAGCGAAAUACAUUGCAGGCCCAGACUAGACUGAGACUCCUGGAGGCGUUAAAGUGAAGAGGACAGCGGGAACUCUUUGUGCCGGACCACCACUUUGUACUCUUUGUUGCACUCUGUUUUUUUGGGGGGUUUUUUGGUUUGUUUGUUGUUGUUUUUUGUUUUUUUUCAAAAGGCAUUCCAGAGGAAAGACGUGUCAGUCGCUCCUGCUGACACAUACAGCUGACUGGAAGAUCAGGGUGAAAUUUGAACUAACGAACGAGACUGUUUCUUGAUUAUUUCCCCUUCAUAUUUUUUGUCUGCGACUGACAAGAACACAUUGGUACAUUAGACGUGAUU